CACGUGUUGUUUGUGCUCUGGCCCGUAGAGUUGUGUACAGCAGGAGAAGGCAACGGGUUGCUAACAGCUAGCUAGCCGGACCCUCCACUAACUAAUACGGCCGCGGUCAUGCUGCACACGGUAGGCUUCACUUUUUAAAACAAAGCCCGAAUUGGAAUAUCUGCAUCUCCACCAAAGUGUGCUAUAAAUAUAGAAUCGUUCCGUGUGAGCCAACGUUAGCUGGCCUAGCCGGACUCGGGAGCUCGUUUCCCGAUACAAGAAUGGGGUCGUGGUCCAUUUGGAUUAGCUUACUAGUAAAGUGACCUUUGAUUUAUCUGGAUGGCAAAUUUUACAAAUUACGCGGAAGGCAAGGCAGCGAUGUUGAUGCUGGAGACGCAGCAGAGGGACGUGGGGUCCAAGUCUUCAGACGGGGGGGAACCCCCUUCCCCGUUAAUUAACAUCGGAGAAGGAGGAGGCGACUCUCGUUCUCAUCCGUUGCCGCCCUCAAGCCACCUCCAUCAGCAUCACUAUCAGCUGGCUACGCAUCAUCAUCAUCAUCAUCUCGCCGCCGACGUCGCUGAGUCUCCAGGCAGGAAAUCGUCGUCCCCCAGCCACCUCCACACAGCCGAGGACUCUGCUGCUCCCCCCUCCGCUGCCAGCACCAGUGCCAGUGGACAUGUAUACGCCGCUGUCAGCGUUUCAAACCCCUCGGACGCUACUGACGACAUCCGUAAAUGUGGAUACCUGCGCAAGCAAAAGCAUGGACACAAACGCUUUUUUGUGUUGCGGGCCACCAGCCACCUGGGCCCCAGCCGGCUGGAGUAUUACGACAGUGAGAAGAAAUUCCGUAGCAGCCUGCGCUCGGCGGUCACAGCGGCCAGCAGUGGAGCCGUGGGCCCUUCCUCGCCCAAGAGGGUGAUUUACCUCUACCAGUGCUUCACUGUAAACAAGAGGGCUGACUCCAAAAACAAACAUCUCAUUGCCCUUUACACGAAGGACGAGUACUUUGCCAUUGUUGCUGAAAACGAGCAGGAGCAGGAGGACUGGUAUGUUGCUGUCAGUGAGUUGAUGAGUGAAGGCAAGAAGGGGCAUUUGGAUGCAGACGAUUUGGAUGACGGAUAUGGUACUGUCACCCCUGGUACUGUUUUUAAGGAGGUGUGGCAGGUGAACGUCAAACCCAAAGGACUUGGUCAAACUAAAAACCUCACAGGCGUUUACCGCCUAUGCCUCUCAUCCAAAACGCUUCAUCUGGUCAAGUUGAACUCUGAGACGCCCUGCGUUAACCUCCAGUUGAUGAACAUCAGGCGAUGUGGGCACUCUGAAAGCUUCUUUUUCAUCGAGGUGGGUCGCUCCUCAUCAAUUGGUCCAGGGGAGAUAUGGAUGCAGGUGGAUGACUCAGUCGUGGCCCAGAACAUGCAUGAAACCAUCUUGGAAACAAUGAAAGCCCUCAAAGCGUUCGCAGAGUUCCGGCCCAGGAGUAAGAGUCAGUCGUCAGGCUCCAACCCGAUGCCGUUUAUCACCACGCGGCGUCACCUGGGCAACCUGCCACCAAGCCAGACAGGGCUGCAGCGGCGGUCCAGGACGGAGUCGGUUGUGGGCACGCCACCGUCAAGUAAGAGCUCUGGCGCGAGUGGCUACCGCUUCCGCACGUCCAGCGAGGGCGAAGGGACCAUGAACCGGCCCUUUCACUCCGCCACAGGAAGCUUGGUGCACCUUCACUCAAUGCGAGCUCAGCACUGCCGUGCAGAGGGGUACGGCGCCAGUAGCAGUGGUGCGGUGACAGGAAAUGCCGGAACCAGCACCGGAGUGGGUCGCUAUGUCCGGGCCAUCCCAGGAUCAUCAUCAUCAUCAUCCACCUACCACGCCCGCUCCGCCUCCCUCCCAGUCUCCCACUUCCCCUCCACCACCAGCCCUGUCAGCGUGUCCUCCAGCAGCGGCCAUGGGUCUGUCUCGGACACCCUCACCCGCCCAUCUAGCGCCUCAAUAUGUGGCUCGCCAUCUGAUGGCGGCUUUAACUCCUCAGAUGAGUAUGGAUCAAGCCCCGGGGACUUCAAAUACUUCCGCGUGCGGAGCAACACCCCCGAUUCCCUUGGCAACACUCCGCCAAUCAGAGAGGAGAAUGGCUUAAACGACUACAUGGCUAUGAGUUGGAACCGGGAGGUGUUUGGCACCAGUGGUGGCUCUGGGAACACCAGUGGGGCUGAGACACCCCGAGAUGAGAGUACAUCAACAACAGAGGACGAGCGCUUUUCUUCAUUGAGGAGAAGAACGCAUUCUUUCUCCAGGACUGUUGGUGGUGCCACUGGUGGCCCUGGAGUGGCCGUCUACCAAAAAAUGACCCAAACCAACUUUUCAUUGGACGAAGGGGCUGAUGUUGGAUUUGCCGGGGGAUUGCUUCGGGGCGGCCCUUCAUCCUCCACUUCCUCAUUGCGCUCCGACUACAGCUCUUGCUCUGAGCACAGCCAGCAGAGCCGCCCCUCCACGCAGUCCCAACCAGAGACUGCCGUCGAACUCCCCCCGCUGUCGUCUGCCAAGGAAGACAGCGGCUACAUGCCCAUGAUGUGCGGCGUUGCUGCAUCCCCGAGGGACACGUACCCUGACUACAUGCCCAUGCAACCCUGCUUCCACUCCCCCCAGCUUCAUGGCCCAGCCCUGUGUCCUCGCUCAGCCCAGCGUCAGUCACAGUCGUCCGCCGAUGCCCAUGGCUACAUGAUGAUGCUGUCAGGGGGGAGUGGUAACGCACCCGCCCCAGUGCAGGCCUCCAGCUCGGCAGGUGCAAACGGGAGUGGCAGUAUAGCUGAGGGACCUGAGAAUGGAGAAUACAUGGACAUGUCUUUCAGCACCAGCAGCGGGGGCCGUAGGUUGGAAAGUGGCAGCACGUGCAGCGCGCCUGAGGGCACCUACAAGUCUUAUAGCCCUUAUUUCUCCCUCCCCCGCUCCUACAAGGCCCCUACCAGAGAGAGUGAUAAAAAGGAGUUUGGCGACUAUGUUCCCAUGAGUUCUCCCGCCAAACCUGUCUACUCAUCAGUUGCCACAGCUUCCAUAUCAUCAACACCAGAGAGGAAGGUAGGGGCGGCUGGGAGCAGCUCCACGCCCUCACACCCGCCCCCGCCUUACGGAGCUCACCACACGAUUGCAACCAUGGCCGACCGGCGCAUGAGACCCAACCGGCUCCCUUUAGGCAGGAGAAGUUUCCAUGGUCCACUGCGAGUUAGCGAGCCAUCCCCCUCAUCCACAGGCACCUGCUCCUCAGCCCCCGCUGCUGGCACCUCAACUGACAGGCCGCCCAGUCCCGGAGAGUAUAUCAACAUUGAUUUUGGUGAUCACUACCCCCACCAACAGCAGCCCCCCGCCUACCAUCUUGCCACCCAGGAUGAUGCCUCCCUGGCCUCCAGUGAUCACCGUCGCUCCCCUAUGCUUCCCCAAGCCAGCCAGGACUAUAUGAGUAUGGAGGUGGGGCUACACCAUCACGACACUGAGGGGAGUCUGGUUAAGAGCCAUUCACCCAGACCCAGCCUUGUGGCCCCCUGGAAUCCGCCCAGUUAUAUCCGACCCUUGGCAAGCAAUCCGGCCACACUGGAUUCCCCGGGGGUCCCUGCUGGAAGUCACUGGAUGUCAUCGGGUGACGACUACACGGACAUGACAUUCAGCACUGCCGAAAGGACUCAAAUGAGCCCCACUGCUAUGCUGCAGCAUCUCUGUGUGAUAGAGGGACACUAUUCCUCACCCACCCUGCCCCCGAUGAACCCUGGAAGGUUGUCGUCACACCAGCAGGAGCCAAAGGUCGUCCGGGCCGACCCUCAAGGACGGCGGAGACACAGCUCGGAAACAUUCUCUUCCACCUCCUCCUCUAAUUCAACACCCUCUGGAGGGGCACCCUCUGCUGCUCACCCAGCACUGGCUGACACUGCAACCUCAAAUGGAUCACACACAACAGAGGGACAAGCUUCCAGGUGGGCCAGCAUGGCCUCUUUUGACAGCGUAUGGAUGUCCGUGGAGGGUAUCUGCGACCUGCCAGCUGAUCAAGCCCAGGCUAGAGUGUCAGACCUGAGCACAGCAUCCAGCAGCACCUCCUCCGCUGGCGGAAUGUACAGAAACAUGUCUACGGGAUACCAGAAUGGCCUCAACUACAUCGCCUUGGAGCUGAGAGGAGACGGGAGUCGCACAGAUACCGCCAGUUCAGCAGGUGCCAGCGAGGGCCUGACGACGUCAGAGAAUGGGGCCUACGCCAGCAUAGACUUAACCAAGUCAGAUGGCAUUAGAACGACAACCAAGGACUGAGUGGCGGCGGUCCUCCACGUCGCACCCUCCUGACAGCUCUGAUCACUUCAUCCCCAAAUCCACCAACUCGCAGAUGACCUCUGACCUUCACAUGAAUUGGGAUGAGAAGCGAAACAGAUGACAGAAAGAGCUUGCAGUUUUUUUUUUUUACUCUUUUUGAGUUUGAAUUAGCGUCUCAUUCUUUUAUUUUGUUUGUGUUUAUAUGUAAAUCUUUGCUUUUUUUUAAUAUUGACAAAAAUAAUAAGUGCUGCUCCUCCGCCACGGACGUCAAGUGAGCCGUCUUAUUAGCAGGCGCUCCCACUUCUUCAUACGGUAUUAAAAAGGGAGGCGUUACGGUACAGUCUUUUUAUGUUUCAACCAAAAAUAUUCAUUUUUAUUCUAUUUUUUACCCCCUUCCAUUCUUGUUAUGGUACCAUGCAGUAAUUACCUUGCGGACAAAGCUGUGUGUGUAUACUGUAUGUGUAUACUAUAUACAGUAUAUAUAUAUAUAAUAUAUGAAAUCCCCUCAGAUUGGCGUGCAUUACCGCACUCGUUCCCACAUCCGGUACAUAAUGUUGACUUGCACAUAUUUAUUAGAGGUUUGCAAAAUGUCCGUUACAUUUCUUUCCCGGCUAAUCCAACGCUAAGCUAGUAUGCACAUAUACACAAACCAUACAUAGAGAGUAGUGCACAUGAACACAAUAUGUCUCUGCGUCACAAAGACCCACUCGGCCCGUUUGGGAUCUUUGUCAGCAGCUGGUGACACACACACACACACAUGCCGGGGUGUUCGUCAGCAGCUCCGGGUGACGUAAAGACGUUUCCAGUAACCUGAGCUGCAGCUGCAGGUGGACAUACUUGCCCUGUUACACACACACACACACACACACACACACACACACACACACACAUCAAAUGCAGCGCCAGCCGGAACUGCCGCCUCUUCCUUCUCGCAGAUUCACGCACACUCGCGUCCAUAUUUAGCGUUCCCGCCACCGCACUCCUGUGACUGACCAGCUGUUCUCACGGCGAGAAAGUGUACUUGAAAGCAACACGACUGACACCUUUUAAUCUCCCCUGCAGAUAAUUUCCCUUUCAUUUUGGUACCAAGGCGGGGUUCUUUGUCUCCAUUGGAGUUUGCGGGGACAGAUUUUUUUUCUGUUUCCCACGUACAGUCCCAAAAGUAUCUGUCCACUUUGGGAAUGCUCCCCCGUGUUUCCUUUUGGAAAGCAUGCCACUUAUUUAUGACUAUUUGUGUUUGUCACAUUAUUUCUGACUGGGCCGGCUUAUAUUUGUAUUUGGUUUAGCAACCGCUCACCUGACAGGUGUGCUGAUGUUAUAAAUCAUGCAUUAAAAAAAAUAACGUGUUAUUUAGGCAGCAAAGACGCCAUUAUGCAAGCAGCGCGUUUCACUUCUUUCCCUGCUUUUUUUUUUACGCGCUCAUUUUUGUUCUCGAAAGCGAUUCAAGCGUAGUGAUUUUUAAAAAAAAUAUGUUUAGGCAUUUUUGCAGUUAUUUGUACAAAGAAGAUUCAUGUUUAUUUUUUGUAUGGAUAUUACAGUUAAUUUGCUGCUGUGUAGUACUGUUCAAGCUGCCGUCGGUGGUAACCGUGGCAACAGAGGAUGUUUAGCGAGGCUCCCAUAAGAUGAGCCACUUCCUGCUACCUUUGUUCUUCUGUCAAACCCCCCACACCCCACACCCCUCCCACUCGAAUGCUGUUGUUAAUUAGCUUUACAGACAUGAGAUCAAUAAAUAACGUGGGGGGGCGUCUCUCCUUCGUAUGUGCGUUAUUUCUUCAGCGGUGUUUGUCCUCCGUUUUGGGGGGGGAAAACAAACAGAAAAAAGUCGACGGAUAAAUCCUCAUGUAAAUAUAAGGAAAAAGUUGGGGCUUUUUUUUUCAUAUUUUGAUUGCCGCCUCCCUGUUUUCAUUAUCUUCGCUUCCUCAUGGAGGGGAUGCGAUGGGUUGACAGGAAGUCUCAGAGGCCAUUUGAGCAUCGGCAUAGUGUUUAUAUUUAUCAAAACUGUGCUUUCGAUAGAGCUAUUGCAAUAAAAAGUGUUCAUGUAACUGCA